UGGCAGCCCGUGGGCGUCCCCUAUCUCUGCAUGACAGCGAACACACUAAACCAAUGUGAAUCGCUGGCAUUUAGCAAAAGCCGCCGCCCCCCUUUUCCUCUGUCUCCACUGUUUCCUUCUUUUGGAUAGACUGUGACAGCUGUCAAUGUGUUGUGCAUCUUCGUGAAGCAAGGACAAAACCGAAGGCAUGCCGCUGGCUCGCAGCCUGUCUGUCACGUCCCUGUCAGGACUGGAGGAUUGGGACGAGGACUUUGAUUUGGAGGAUGCCGUUCUUUUUGAGAUUGCGUGGGAGGUCGCCAACAAAGUCGGAGGCAUCUACACCGUCAUCCAGACCAAAGCCCGAAUGACCUCGGAGGAAUGGGGGGAGAACUACUUCCUGGUGGGUCCCUACGUGGAGAGCAACGUGCGCACUCAGGUGGAGCUGAUCGAGCCCACAAACCCGGCGCUAAAGAGAACCAUUGACAAGAUGAACGCCAGUGGCUGUAAGGUGUACUUUGGGCGGUGGCUCAUCGAGGGGAGUCCGUACGUCAUUCUGAUCGAUGUGGCGUUCACCGCCUGGUCUCUGGACAGCUGGAAGAGCGAGCUGUGGGAGCUCUGUGACAUCGGCGUGCCGUGGUUCGACCGCGAGGCGAACGACGCCGUGCUGUUCGGCUUCCUGACGGCUUGGCUUCUGGGAGAGUACGGAGCCCAGAGUGAGGAACCUCCGCACAUCGUCGCACAUUUCCACGAGUGGCUGGCCGGCCUGGGUCUUGUGUUGUGUCGACACAGGCAGCUUCCCAUUGCAACCAUCUUCACCACUCACGCCACGCUGCUGGGACGAUACCUGUGUGCUGGAAAUGUGGACUUCUAUAACAAGCUUGCAAAUUUCAACGUGGAUAAAGAAGCAGGCGACAGGCAGAUCUACCAUCGGUACUGUUUGGAGCGGGCGGCCGCACACUGCGCCCACGUCUUCACCACCGUGUCUCAGAUCACAGCCAUCGAGGCAGAGUACCUGCUCAAGAGGAAACCAGACAUCGUCACUCCAAACGGCCUCAACGUGAAGAAGUUCUCUGCGGUGCACGAGUUUCAAAACCUCCACGCUCAGAGCAAGAAUCGGAUACAGGAGUUUGUGAGAGGACACUUCUAUGGGCACCUUGAUUUCAACCUGGACAAGUGUCUGUUCCUCUUCAUCGCUGGACGCUACGAGUUCUCCAACAAAGGAGCCGACCUUUUCCUGGAAGCUUUAGCUCGCCUCAACUAUCUCCUCAGAGUCAAUAACAGCGACGUCACCGUUAUUGCGUUCUUCAUCAUGCCAGCUCGGACGAACAACUUCAACGUGGAGACCUUGAAGGGACAAGCAGUCAGGAAGCAGCUCUGGGAUACCGCUCAGACCGUGAAGGAACGCUUCGGAAAGAAACUCUAUGAGUCACUUUUAGUCGGGCAGCUUCCAGACGUGUCAAAGAUCAUGGACAAAGAGGACUUCACCCUCAUGAAGCGCGCCAUCUUUGCCACUCAGAGACAGUGUCAGCCUCCAGUCUGCACCCACAACAUGCUGGAGGACAGCAGCGACCCCAUCCUCAACUGCGUCCGCCGCAUCGGCCUCUUCAACAGCUCGGCUGACCGCGUCAAGAUUAUCUUCCAUCCAGAGUUCCUUUCUUCUACCUCUCCUCUCCUUCCGAUGGAUUACGAGGAGUUUGUUCGGGGCUGUCACCUCGGGGUCUUCCCCUCUUACUACGAGCCGUGGGGCUACACUCCAGCCGAGUGCACAGUCAUGGGGAUCCCAUCCAUCUCAACCAACCUGUCUGGCUUCGGCUGUUUCAUGGAGGAGCACAUUGCCGACCCCUCAGCAUACGGUAUCUACAUCAUGGACCGGCGGUUCCGAGGGGUGGACGAGUCGUGUAACCAGCUCACCUCCUUCCUGUUUCAGUUCUGUAAGCAGAGCCGGCGUCAGCGGAUCAUCCAGAGGAACCGGACUGAGCGUCUGAGUGACCUCUUGGACUGGAAAUACCUCGGCAGGUACUACGUAUCGGCCCGUCACAUGGCCCUGGCGAAGGCCUUCCCUGACACCUACAUGUAUGAACUCAAUGAGCCCACCUCAGCCUCUGGUUUCCGUUACCCUCGACCGGCCUCGGUGCCUCCAUCUCCGGCUCUGUCCCGCCACUCGUCCCCCCACCACAGCGAGGGCGAGGAAGAAGAACGCUACGACGAGGAUCUAGAAGCAGAGAAGGACCGUGUGAACAUCCGACAGCCCUUCAAAAACAAGACCUCUGCUGUCCCUGCAGGCAAUGGAAGCAGCGACGACGGAGAGAAAAACUGAGAGACACACACACACACACACACACACACACACACAGUACAGGCGAAAACCUCACUAGUGAAACCUUCUCCCUGGCAUUCAUUUAGAUCACUCUUUGCAGCCGUGUGAGUUUGAGUGAUACUUUUAUUAUCAGCUUGUUGUGAAAAAUUGGAUUGCUGUCAGUGUCUUCCCAACCUGUGUGUACCUCAGAGUUUUUUAAGAAACAUCACUCAGUUUGAUAUUUUUUUUUGGUAUAUUUUUCAGUUUUCACCAGCAGUGCAAUCAGUGGUUUUCACUUUGUGGAGUAGACGCAGCAGCUAGAUAAAAAAGAGCUGCACGUCAACUCGACACGGGAAAACUGCCAAAUCAGGGUUGCUGGAUUUUUUGUAGCGUACUAACACUGGAUUACAAAGUAGGUCGAUAAAUAAUAACUACAUGUUUCUGGAGGCUUUCUAUACUUGAUUCAAAGGUGGGUCAGAGCGGGUAAAACAGCAUGACCUUCCUUUUUACCAGCAUGUCAUCUUUACACGUUCAACAGCAGGAUAUAAACAACAGACGGUUUCAGUUUCUGUACCCACAAAGAGCUCCGAUUUCUUUUAACGUCUGACUCUAAAUUAGCUCCACUGUACACCUUGUAGCAUUUUCUUCUUUUUGUUUUUCUUUAAAAUGCCUUAUUUACAAAAGAAUUUCCCAGAAUGGAAACGAAACGUAGAACAGAAACAGAACAAGAGCAGAAAGCUUCAGCAAACAAAGAGAGAACAUGUAUGUGUGUGUGUUAUGUAUGUUCUUUUUCUAAGCCUUAUUGCAUCACUAAGGAAGCCAUGAGCGCACAUACAUCCACCUUUUUAUUUUACUCCAUUUUCCCCGAGAUAACAAGUCAUUUUCAGUUGUUUUCUUGAGAUCUGGACGUAUUUAUCUUGACAUCCCGGGCUAUCAGUGUUGGUUUUCCUGUGAUGACGACUUAAUUUCUUGAAAUCCCAAGAAAACCACAUUUUUAGCGGGAAAACCAAGAGUCUCUAUCCCGACAUAGCGAGAUAAAUAAGUCGAUAUCUUGAGAAAAAUAACCAAAAUUUAAUUGGUAUCAAAAGUGGGAAAAGAUGUCGGGAUGCAUGUCCCCUUAGGGCUUCCGUACAUCACAGCCUCUCAGUUACAAUCACAAAAGAAUAACCAAACACUCCUUUUGUUUGUCUGACUGCGUGUGCGUAUGUGCGCCUGUAUGGAUGGAGAAGGUUAUUUCUCAGCCUCUCUGCUUCUGCAAGUAUUUAUUUGUGAGAGGGGUAGAGUUGAGACAGAUAGAAGACGAGGGGGCUGUGUCCUGAGACGUGUUUUCAGGUGAAGAAAAUCAGAGAAAAAGACCAGAAGAGGAGUUAAAUAUGUCGUUUGAAAUAUGACUGUUUGUCAGUUUUUAAAGAAGGAAAAUGGAUUAACCAGACGUGGACUUACACUCCCUGUAACAGAUGUAUUCGUUACAAUCUUGCACCAGAUGAACUCUAAAUAAAGCUGAAAUAAAUGUACCUGUUAGUGUUUUACAAAUGA